GUGCGACUCAGUCAGUGUGCUCCGGGAUGUGGCAGGCGACGCAACCUGCGCCGCGGCCGCUGUUGCCGCUGCUGUUGGUGCUGAUGGUGCCGACCGCGGUGUUCGCGGGCGCCGUCAGCGAGCCCGGCAAGAACGUCACCAUCCACAAGGUGGCGGUCCUCAUGGCCUCCAACCUCGGCUCACCCUUCGACCUAGAGAGGUGCGGGCCGGCCAUCGACCUGGCCCUGAUGGAAGUCAACGAAAAAUACCUCAAGGUGCACGGCGUGCAGCUGGAGAAGGUCCAGCGAAGUUACCCUACGUGCUCGAACGCAUUGGCUCCUGGCUUGGCGUCCGAUCUGCAUUACUAUGAACAAGUGAUCGCCUUCAUCGGCCCUGCGUGCGCGUUCGCUCUGGAACCAGUCGCAAGGCUGGCCGCGUACUGGAACAUUCCAAUUAUUACUGGCAUGGGUGAUCAGCCACCAGCUGACGGUGAACUCACAGUGACCUCGCCGUUUAUAAGCAAAUUUGACAAACUGAAGAAAGGACAGUCAUCCCGAAUCUUCAACAAGACAGAAUAUCCAACCCUAACGAGGAUGUCGUACUGCCAGUGCCGACUUCGUCUCGUUUUCGCCAGCAUUUUCCGUCAGUUCAAAUGGCACCACGUUGCCCUCAUUCUCGACAAAUCUGAUCUCUUCAGCUUCACCGUCGGACGCAACCUGGAGCAUGGACUGAAAAAAGAGGGCUUCCAGCUGCAUGUUCGGGAAUUUGACGGUAGUGAAGACAAUAUCGAUUAUGCUGAUCAUCUGCAGGACGUCAGCAUCUACGCACGAGUGAUCAUCCUAAGCGUCCGCGGAACACUGACACGGAAUUUUCUUCUGGAGGCGUUCUACCUUAACAUGACAAAAGGCGAGUGGGCGUUUUUAGACGUCGAGCUAUUUGAGAAUUCGUACUGGGGCGAUAGCGGCUGGCAACGCAACGACACAAACGACACUCAGGCCAGGGAAGCGUACCAAUCUCUGCUGCGGGUGUCGCUUUUGCAGCCUAGGGAUCCGAAAUUCAAGUCGUUCGCCGUGGAGGUGCGGCAGAACGCUGAGCGUGAUUACAAUUACACGCUGCCAGAAAACGAAGAGGUCAAUUUUUUUAUCGGAGCUUUUUACGACGGAGUAAUCUUGCUUGGCAUGGCCCUGAACGAGACGCUGACCACAGGCGGAUCAAUUAUCAACAACGGUGUCAAUAUCACCAAGAAGAUGUGGAACAGAAACUUUCCUGGAAUAACGGGACAAGUGCGCAUUGAUGAAAACGGAGACAGAGACGCUGACUACUCCCUUUACGAUUUUAACCCGAGCAAAAACAAAUUCGAGGAAGUGGGCAACCAUACAGGACGCAAUAAAACCUUCAAUCCACGCAGUGGGCGCGUUAUCCACUGGCCUAAUGGAAAGCCGCCCGCUGAUCAGCCAGAAUGCGGUUUUUUGGGCAAAGGCUGCAUGGGUCCAGCAGAUUUCGUCCUGUUUGUUUCAGAUGAUGCUUACCCUAGCAUCAUUUUCUACGUGUCGUUCGCCCUGAUUGCAUUUAUUGUUUCCGGAACUACUUUGGCGUGCAUCACAUACAGACACGUGCGUGCGGCGGCCGAUUUGAACAACAUGUCGUGGCGGGUGCGGCCGGAGGACAUCAAGCCGGAGCCGUGUGCUUCGAGACAGGGAUUGCAGUGGAUGUCUGAGGGUCAAGUGGGCCUGGAUUUGGUCGGAUUAGGAGUGGCCGGGGCCCGCGGCUCGGUCACUUCCUCGCACUCGCUCAACAUCGGCCAGCAAGCGUUCACCACGGUCGGCAUCUUCAAGGGCACGCGAGUGGCCGUUAAAAAAAUUGCACGGAAAAAGGUCGACGUCAACAAGAAGCUGCUGUGGGAGAUCAAACAGGUGCGCGACGUGACCCAUGAAAACACGGUGCGCUUCGUCGGCGCGUGCAUCGAAGCCUCGCCUGGCGUGAUCAUCCUCACCGAAUACUGUCCAAAAGGCAGUCUCAAGGACGUGCUCGAGAACGAGGCAAUCACUCUCGACUGGAACUUCAGAAUGUCGCUCAUCCACGACAUGGUUAAGGGCAUGUGCUAUAUUCACGGAAGCGAGCUUGGCGUUCAUGGCAAACUGCGAUCUGCCAAUUGUCUAAUCGACGGCCGGUUUGUCCUCAAAAUUUCUGAUUUCGGCUUGCAUACGCUGACAACACCCUCGGAGGUUACAAGGGAUACAACAUUUUACACUAAACUACUGUGGGUGGCACCGGAACUGUUGCCGUUGACGAUCGUCCCGGGCACACCUGCAACCCAGAAAGGCGACGUCUACAGCUUCGCCAUCAUCCUGGAGGAAAUAAUCGUGCGCGGAGGCCCCUAUGAAGCAGCCUCGCAGUUUCUCGGUCCGCAAGAUGUUGUGGCUCGAGUGGCUGCACGCGAAACACCACCUUUUCGGCCUGCGGUGGCUGCUCGAGAUGGGCAAGAAGAGGAGCUCAAGGAGUUAAUGGAAAAGUGCUGGGCGGAUGUCCCCGACGAGAGGCCGAGUUUUGAGGCUGUGAGAACCGUCAUUCGUCGUCUCAUGAAGGGACACUGCGAAAAUCUUAUGGAUGACUUGUUGAGACGCAUGGAACAAUACGCGACUAAUUUGGAAGCGCUCGUCAGUGAAAAAACGGAGGCCCUCAGCCAGGAGAAAAGGAGAUCGGAAGAGCUGCUGUACCAAGUCCUGCCCAGACAAGUUGCAGAGCAGCUGAUGUCUGGGCAAGUUGUGCAACCGGAGCAGUUUGAAUGCGUGACAAUUUAUUUCAGCGACAUUGUCGGCUUCACGUCGCUCUGCGUGCACAGCACGCCAAUGCAGGUGGUUGGAUUUUUGAACGACCUGUAUAGUACCUUUGACAAAAUCAUCGGCUACUAUGAUGUUUACAAAGUGGAGACGAUCGGUGACGCGUACAUGGUGGUGUCAGGCUUGCCGACGCGGAACGGAGACGCACACGCAAGAGAAGUGGCCCUCUUGGCUCUGGCGGUUUUGGACGCUGUGAAAAAUUUCACCAUUGCGCACCGCCCAGACGCUCAGUUAGAAAUUAGGAUCGGGAUCCAUUCUGGUCCUGUUUGUGCUGGCGUUGUUGGGCACAAAAUGCCUCAUUACUGCUUGUUUGGGGACACUGUAAAUACUGCCUCGAGGAUGGAAUCCAGUGGACUUGCGCUUAAAAUUCACGUCAGCGAUGCGACGAAACAGAUUUUGAGCCGAUUUGGCACGUUUCAACUGGAACUGCGGGGUGAAGUUGAGCUGAAGGGCAAAGGCCGAGUCACGACGUACUGGUUGCUGGGAUGCUCGGAGCCGGACCUUCGUCGCCCUCCUGCCACAGACGAGUCUGUCGGCCACGGAUCGACAUCGGUCGCUCCCGCUGACUGCGGCGUCAACGCUUAUCCCCUUGUGUUUAUGCGCCCUUCUGGAGAGGUUCCAGAAGUGAGGGUAACAGGAUGCGACACUUCCCUCAACAUGGAGCCGUGCUGGCCGUCUUCGCCCAGGAUGCCCUCCUUGCAACCAUCAAAUUCCGAAAUGGAAAAUCUCACUUGAUCCCUCUCAUCGGUGGAAUCAAACUAGCUUUCUUGUCAAUUACAAGUAAUGAUAUACGCGGCUAUUUUUCUUUUUCUGAUGCAAUUUUCUAUCAAUGCACACUCUCAACAGACGCUAUUUUCUCUGCGAUCUGAAAUUUUAAGUUGAUCUCGAUUUCGACUGAUGUUUUCUAUCUUUAUGUUUUUUGUGUCAAUAUAUGGACGCGAUAUAUCCCGUCUGUGUGGUGAAAAUGUGUACCUGUCUGUUGGAAAGCCUAGUCUAAGCAAACAUGACUGCUAUGUUGAUGAUACUUAAAAUCAUUCUAUUCUAUUUGCAUUCCUGCAUUUUUAUCAUAGAAGCACAGGCGUGCUAACUGCGUUUUAAUACUAUUUUUACUUGAGAGUGGAUACGACGAGCAGCUUGAAAAAUUGUUUGUGAUAAAAAAAUCGGUACAGGGAUCAAAGAAAAGUUAAGCCAGCAGAGAUAGCUAAUCUGAUUAAAAAGCCUAACCAAAAUUUUACCGUGGCUGCUUGGACACUUAAUUUUUCUCUGAGGAUUUCAAUGUGAUAUAAUGGAGGAGAUGUAUUUUUAAAUGUUAAUAUGUAAUGAAAAACAUGAAAGGAAUAUUUGUUUCGUAUCAGAGCCGAUAAAUAAAAAACCUGUACUAUUGAUGUGU